CCCCUGUGCGGGGAACCCUUGAAUGCUCCCCCGUUGUGCUGACUAAGCACUCGAUCACGUGACAUGUCUCUAUGCCGGCCUGCCCGGACCUGCCCCCGCAACCGUACCGUGUUAGGCUCGUUGGUUCACUUUGUCGACUUGUUUUGAACGUUUGGACCUGUGCACUUUCGUCUCCCGAUCACCAAGCUACAUCGCAACGUUCUGGAUCACUUUAGAUACGGGAUCUCGUCAGGAAAAAGCGUAUCAUCACGACGGGGUCGGCAUCAGUUCUGACAUUCCCUUCGAAGACUGGCCCGGAUCACCUUGGAACUUCGUACCGGUGAGGUGACGUGUAAGACGUCAUUACAACCAAAGUGGACGAGCAGGCAAGAGAUUCUGUUGCAACCAUGAGCCGGCUAACAUCCACCACCCACCGAAACGCCUACACCUCCAACCCAUCGACCUCCACCACUCCUCGUCCCUCUUCAUCGAAUUCCAACUAUGCCUCCGGUCCCGUCUUACUCCCCAACGCCCACGCUUCAGGGUCUUUGUCCGGAGGAACUGGGAAUGCUAGACAAAACCUCUACGGUCAUCCGUAUUCUGCACCCGGAAGCGGGAGGGGUACGCCGACGUCAAUACCGUCAAACUCGUAUGCGGAGAGUCCCUAUGGAGCGUCAACAGGAGGAGGCGGAGCAUACUCGCAUUCUAGGUCGGCACACGAGGUGGAGAGGCAGAACGACGAAAAGUUGGAAGGGCUUUUAGGGAGGGUGAAGCUGUUGAAAGAUAUCACGGUUGGGAUUGGGGAUGAAGUCCGGCAGUCGAAUAUGGAGCUCGGAUCGAUGACCGACGCAUUCACCUCGACAUCCACCCUCCUAGGCGGGACUUUCAAGCGGAUGAACAAGAUGGCCAAGAAACAGGGGGGAAAUUGGUGUUGGUUCAUGUUAUUCCUGAUAUUGGUCCUCUGGAUCUUUAUCGUGGUCUGGUUCAAGCGGAAAACGGUUGGGUAGGGGGACAAGUGGGUGGAGACUCCAAUGUAGGAUUGCAGACAACUCCAGGAGAACGGAGAUGGCCGUAUGACGGUCGAAGGAAGUUCUAGGGGUGGAUUGUAUUGGACGCUUUCGAGACCGCUAUAAUAAUGACGAAU